AAUUGGAUAGGAACUAAAAAGUGCUUUGUGUAGUUAAAGAAACUUGGCCUUAUCACCCACCCCUCUCAUUGGUUCCCUCUUGUUCCUGAAUCUAUCGACCGGAGUUCGCGCACAGCAUCUCAAAACUUUCUGAUCAAGUCGCUCCGUCGGAACUUAGGGACAUCAUGGCUGACAAGGAGACCGAACCGACCGUGCCGGCUGAGGACGACGAGACCGACCUGAACUACCAGCCCCCGGCUCAGAAGUCCCUGCAGGAGAUCCAGGAGCUGGACAAGGACGACGAGAGCCUCAACAAGUACAAGCAGGCCCUGCUGGGAGCUGGCCCUGUAGUGGCUGAUCCCACCAUCCCUAAUGUUCAGGUGACCAGGCUGACGCUCAUAUGUGAUGCGGCCCCUGGGCCAAUCACCAUGGACCUCACAGGUGACCUGGAAGCCCUGAAGAAGCAGAACUUCACCCUGAAGGAGGGUGUGGACUACAAGGUGAAGAUCCAUUUCAAAGUCAACAGGGACAUUGUGUCUGGACUGAAGUAUGUGCACCUGACCUAUAGGAAAGGCUUGAGAGUGGAUAAGGCAGUGUACAUGGUGGGCAGCUACGGGCCACGGGUGGAAGAGCACGAGUUCAUGACCCCCUUGGAGGAGGCCCCUAAGGGCAUGCUGGUGCGGGGCGGGUACCACAUCAAGUCCCACUUCACCGAUGAUGACAAGACCGACCACCUGUCCUGGGAGUGGAACCUGCAGAUCAAGAAGGACUGGGAUGAGUAGGGCAGGCUCCGCCCCCUUCAGGCAGGCACACCCACCCCCCAGCCCCCACCACCGUGCGUGACUAUGACACGCAUAUCCAAAAAAUAAAAACAAAUGUACAAGGAGGAGGUUGGGUUGUGUCUAGAGCCGUGCAGAAAAAAGAAAAAAAAAAAAAAAGCACACGCAGGUGAUAAGUGUAUUAAUCUGGGCCUAAGUUGGGGAAGUGGGUGGGGCAGUGGGUGGGGUUGGGACAGUGAGUGUAGUUUGGAUGGACAUGCAGAGUAGUGACAGAGAGGAGAAUCAGUUCAAAAGCCAGUGAAAUUGUGUAAAAUGUUUUCUUAAAUAGUUGAAAUCCUUGCACUUGUAUGUAGUAGACCCUUUUUGAUGUGUCUAGGCCAAUCAGAGACGAUUGUGGGAGUUGCACAAAGAGAAAAAUCAAGAUGGCCCUUUCAAACCCAUAAUCUGUGACCAAAACAUUCCAUACCGUACAUGUUCCCAGCACUGAUUUAGACUCCUUUACUUGAAGCACUGUCUGUGUCCCGCUUACUGCAUGCUUUGAAUACAGAGAAGAAAUGAGUUAGAAAGCCUUCUGGCAUGUGACCUACAGUAUGAACAUAAUCUAAUGAAGCCCACGUCAAAGGAAGCGAAGAUAAGCCCAGCCUACCGGGCACCGGAUGAGAAAUCGUAAUAAAAACGGAUGAAACUAGGUUAGUGCAGGAGUCGCUCCCAGGUCCUUAGUAUAGAAUUGUGAAAAUAAUUUAAUAUUGUAAAGCUCUCUCAGUGUAGAUGCUCCCCCCAGUGAGGAAAAAAGCUUUGCUGAUGGCUUGCUCCAUGGUGUUACCAUCCUCAUCCUCCUCUGGUUUUCUGCAUCUCCAGAUUCCAAUGUCCUGCGCUCAAGUUACCUUUUUUUUUUUUUAGUUCCCCAAAAAUAAAAACAUUUAUAGAUGAAGAAAAACGGAAAGAAGCAAGAAAAAAAAUAAAUAAAAACAAGUCUUGAAAUAAAGAGGAAUUGUACAGAAUAGAGAUGCACCACAAACAGUUUAAAUGGUCGUUGUACUUAUUCGUGGUGAUUUAUCCACUUGACACAUUAUCCAGGGUUUUGUUUUCAUUUGCCAAGGCUAUGCUAUGGUAGUCAUUUACUCAAGAAAGUAUUUUAAAUCUCACUAUUUUGAUUAACAGACACAUCAUAUUCCAGGUAUAAUCUGCACUGAAAUGCAUUUUUUGUUUAACACUGAAUGUGUAAUAUACCAAAUAAUAGUCAGAAUGCUCUAUGAUAUUUGUUUUGUUGACGCUUACAAAAUAUGGAAGAAUGCCUUUGAGAAAUGUAAGAUAUGCAUGCAUAAGCAAAAUAUUUUGCAGAUAUUUGAGGCUACUAAAGGAAGUGUAUGGGAGUCUCUUUAGUAUGCUCAAUAGUAAAUUCCUGUGGCAUCUUCAUUUUAACAAUGGAUGUGGAAAAGCUGAAAUGAUUUAAACAAAACAGCAGGUGAAGAUUUUUGCAGUGUUGUGCAAAUAAAAUGUUGAUUCCUUUUUGUUGCAAUUUUCAUUUUGAUUACCGUAGAAUUAGAUGUACAAAAAAUAGAAAAAUAGAAGUUUGCAUUCAGUCUGUUCUGAUGUUCAAACUACAUUUUUAUUUUUUAAAAGGAUAAAUAUUGUCAGUGUUGAUAUACAUCUAAAUGUCAUUCAGAAUAAGUCAGAAAAUUAGAAUGUUGGUGAUAUUGUCUUGUGUCCUGCAUGAAUAUGAGGAAUUCCUUUUUUUAAGAAGUUUACUAUAAAUGUAAUGUUUUUUCAAAAACCCUGAUAAACUGCGCAAAUUAAACGUUUGUCUGAAGAUGAAUCACUUCAAGUGUUUUUUCCCCUCUGUUUUUAAAGUCCAAAGUAUGAUAAAGUGGUCAAUAUUCUGUGUUAGACUUGGAUUUGCACAAAAACCAUUGAAUGAUUAUCGCUCCUUUCAAUAUUAUUAUUGACAUUUAUGUGUAUCUUUUAAUAAAGUCGGGAUUUGAUCAG